UCAACUCUUCUUAAUGCCAAAAUGUUAAUUGUACUCUUCUCCAAGCCAACAACAAAAAAAAAAACCUCUUUAACCAAAGUUCAAAAAUUUCAAACUUUUACUUAAUUAACUCCACAAAGAAGUCUCUAGAGAACAUAAUUUUCCUAAUUUUGGUACACCCCACCCCCUAGCAAACUCUUUAUAUAACCCACAUUUCAUUUCCCUCUCUUUUCCAUCACACCACUUUCUAAAAAUCAAGAAGAAGCAAAAGAGGACAAGUUUGCAAGUUUUGCUAGGCCACUUUUGUAAUAAAAGUUUUCCCUUCUUUCCCUAUAUUCUCCAAAUCCAAGAAAAAGAAGAAGCACAAGUGGUUAUAUUUGCAACUUUUGCUAGGCCCCUUUUGUAAUAAAAGUUUUCCCCUCUUUCCCUAUAUUUCUCCAAAACCAAGAAAAAGAAGAAGCAAAAGUGGUUAUAUCUGCAAAUUUUGCUAGGGACAAACAAGAAAAUUUGCAAGAAAUGGGCACUUUAGUGGGACAUGUAGCACCAGGAUUUGGCUUCUUUUUACUUGGUAUUUGGCACUUGAUUAACCAUAUUAGAUUACAUGCUUUGCAUCCAAAAUCAUACACUUCUUUGCCUUGGUUCCCAACUUCAAGAAUUAGGUACUUAGAACUUUUCUUGAUUAUGGGGGCUUGUUUGGCUUCAAUUUCAAUGGAACUUUUUAUUGGUCCAAAAAAACACCAACCUUUAGAUAUUGAUGGAACUAUACCUUCAUACCAUCUACACAACUUUGAACAUUCAAACAUCUCCUUAACUUUCUUUGUCUAUGCACUUUUCACUAUUAUCUUUGACAAAGUUACAUUUCCACUCCAUGCAAAAUAUGAGAUGACACAAUUUCUUGGUGCUAUUGCUUUUGGUCAACAACUCUUGCUUUUCCAUCUUCACUCUGCUGACCAUAUGGGAGUUGAAGGACAAUAUCAUUGGCUUUUACAAAUAGCCAUUUUUGUGUGUUUAUCCACUACCCUUUUGGGAAUUCCAUUUCCCAAGAGUUUCUUGAAUAGCUUUGUGAGGUCUUAUAGCAUUAUGUUCCAAGGUAUUUGGCUUAUGGUCAUGGGGUUUAUGCUUUGGACACCAAAAUUUAUCCCAAAAGGUUGUUUUAUUAACUUUGAAGAAGGUCAUAAAGUGGUUAGGUGUGAAAAUCAUGAAGCACUUGAAAGAGCAAAAUCUUUAGUGAAUAUACAAUUUAGUUGGUAUAUAGUUGGGAACACAAUAUUUUGUGUCACCCUUUACUUGGUCCUGAUCAAGAUUUUCCAAGAGAAAGUUGAGUACCAAUCUUUGGAUAGCAAAUUUGAGGAACAUGAGAAUGAUUUGGAGGAUGUUGAAGCUCAAAAGAGUAGCAAAACUGGUGUUGACUCAAACAGUUUUUUUGAAAUGGGAAAAAUAUUCCCGUCUGCAUCCGAUAUGGAAAGGUGAAAUGGUGUGAAAUUAUAAUUGGAAAGUUGAGUGACUUUCCAUUGGUUUGUUGAUAUUUGGGUUGUUGAUAUUAUUUUCAAAUUCUGAUCAUUCUAUCGAUAAUUCUCAUUUUAUUUGUACAAAAAUAAGGAUUUAGUUAGGUGGGGUUUUUUCUUUAUUUAGUUAUUUAUUUCAUUGUUACUAUUUAGUUAUGCCCACAGUAAAAUUAUUGUUGGCUUUGUAGAAUAAAAAAUAACCCAAAAAGGAAAAGAGGGAAUUUGGUUCAAAAUUUGUGUGGUUUGUAUUGAUGGUUUUUAGUGCAGGGGAUGUUUGUUAAAGGGGGCAUAAAUGUAAAGAAAAAUUAGUAUUUAAUCUUCUUAUUCUUUGUUAUUACAAAGUUGUAAUUUUUAAUUAAAGGUCGCUUAAAGGCUAUUAUUUAUACUUUCUCCGUUUCUUUUUUACUUGUUAUUAAUUUUCUAAUUAAAUUUUUAUUUUUACUUAUUAUUUUUGACAUAUCAAGGAAAAAUAUUUUUUUUUUCUAUUUUACCUUUAGUAUUAAUUAUUUUUUCUCUAAAUUAAUUUCGAUACACAAUGUGAGCAUCAUUUAAUAAGGAUACUAUGGUAUAAUAAUUAUGUUAUUAAUUAUUUUUUUCAUGAAUGUAUCAAGUCUAAAUGUGAUUAGUACAAAUGCACGAAGAGAGUAUUUGGAUAUUGAUUUUAAAAUUGAAAGACAUACUAAAUUCGAUCCAACAAGAAUAUACUCUGAAGUUCAACGGAAUAAAAAUAAAGUUUUACUCCAAAAGGAAAAGGUUAAAAAUUUAGAGUGAAACCUUUAAAAUUGGGUAAAAAGAUUAUUAGUAAUAUUUAUAUCAUCAAAAACACAAAGAUAUGCACCCACAAAUAACAAGAGAAAAUACAUUAAAAUCAUUCUGAAUUAUGUAUGAAAAGUCGAUUAUAUACUCAAACUAUUACAACGAUCUAUUACACACCUAUACUAUUUAAAAGUAAAUUUACUUCCACCUCAAUGUACGUAUAACUAAUUACAUGCAGGAAGGUGUAUAUCACUCGCUCCACAUCAGCUAUUAUAUCAUAUUUCAAAAAAAAAAUUCUUCAUGUCAACCAAUUGCUUUUCUUCACUAUACACCAUCAAAACACCAUAGAACCACCAUUAUUGUCAUCACACAGUUAUCAAAUU